UUUCUGUGUGCUCGACUUCGGUAAAGUUUAUCGUGAAAAGUUUUGCCGUUUUGAGUAAAAAUCUAGCUCUAAAAUAAUAAGGUGUACAGACUAGUUUAUUUGGGGUGUGGUUAUAACUAAGUUUCCCAUAAUUAUUAAUUUAGUGAUCUGUUCAUAUACGUAUCUUUAAAAUAGGUGUAGCCAGCGAUCGGUCCAUCAGGUUUCGAUAUCAAGAACUAUUCAUCAGUGACGUCAUCAGACCCAAAACAAUAAUCAUAGACAUAAAAAUAUAGUCCGUAAGACUCUAAACUGCUUGUGAUAUAAUUUAAUGCAUUUAAAUUUGAAUUUAGAAUUCGAAUUGACAAAUACUUACUCGUGAUUAGAAUUGUGAUAUAAAUUAUUAUUUGAAUUUAGAAUAGAACAUAGAAUUAAGAGCACGAUUGGAUUUUUUAAUUUGAAAAUAGAAUCGAAUUUAAAAGGAAAUUGUUUAAGAAUAGACUAGAGAAUUGGAAUUUGAUUUGGAAUACUCAGUGAUAGACUUCAGCACGAAGACGUUUAAGUUAUCUAUGAUAGAAAUAGUUGAAGAAUGAGAGACAAUAUGAAGCCCUGCCAGCACACUUUGUCAGAUGACAUCGUUUACAAGGAUGUUGUUGUUAUUGGAAACGGACCAAGUGGUAUGGUGACGUCAUUCAUGCUGGCAGGCAACGUGCCAUACUUGAAGGAGGUGCCAGAAGACUUGCCAAUUGAUGAGAUGCUUAAAGCCAGACUCACAAACUUACCUCCAGGCCAGAAUCUAUACGAGACAGAUCUAUUAGAGCUGGCCGAAGGUCUCGAGGGGAGGAGUCAGAAUCCAAUUCCUUUGUUGAUGGACAAUCUCCUCAGGCCAUGUGCAGAUGUAGGACUGCAAGCUGAUUCGCUUAUUGAAUGGCGAUACGAUGUAGAGAAAGAGAUAGACCACGUGGUGCUAGGUCGGGGGCCGCCUGGCGGUGCGUGGCCGACGUUUCCCUCACACGUGCGCACGUUAUCGCCGGGCGCGUGGUUGUGGCUACCUCCGCUCCCGGCGGCGGCCGCGGAGCGACUGAGCGCGCGAGCUGUCGCCGCGUACUGCCGUCGGUAUGUGGUGGCGUGCGGGUUGCAGCGGUACUUUCGCUGUAACGUAGUUGUGUUGAGCGUAACACCGGCCCGCGCUACAGCCGCGCCUUGCAGCGCCGCGUGUCCACGGAACGGCGCCUUUUGGGUAUCUGGUUACGACAAAACCGAGGGCCGCGGGUUCCGCUACCUCUGUCGUCGUGUAGUAGUCGCUUGUGGUGCGAAUGACCGACCGAACGUGUUGCCAACACACGUGUCAGAACACGCUACACACUCGCUGGCUAGCGUGGAGAGGGCUGCGCAUUUGUUGGCUAGCGGCGCCUACCCCGACACCUACAAGUCAACCCUCGUAGUGGGUUCCGGCGUGAGCGCAGCGGACGCGGUGCGGCUGGUGCGCGCGGCCGGUCUGCCCGUGAGCCACCUGCACCGGGAACCCGCACCUUCCCUGGCGAAAUUGGCUCCUGGACCCUACCCGGAUUACUGCCAGAUCUACAAAAUGAUGUGCGACGGUCCAUCUGGCAACCACCCGAACUACACGCCCUACCCACACCACAUCAUACUAGAAGUGACCCCGCUCCCGGAACAAGAACAACCACUCAAAAUAGCAGAAGAAGUAGAAGACAACACGAUCCGCCUCAAACGAGUCAAAUUACUCAAUCUCGUCACAAAUAAAACAAUUGAACUAACAGUUACACUCAUUGCAGUACUCAUUGGCUCUAAACCCGACCUAUUCUUCCUCCAAACCAACUUCGACCUUAACAACAUUGACAUGAAAAAAUGCAAAUGCGGCGAAAAGAAAAUUGACGAAAAUCAAAAACAAUGCUUCCUCAGAAACCACUGGCACUAUCUCAAAUCGGUAGUUGGACAAAGUAUACAGAGCUGCAAAUCGCGAUACUUGAAUUACACAGAAAUAAACGGCAAUAUGGACACAAAAUGCGCUGAACCAGACUGUAACAGGCGGGACACGUGUACGUGCGACACGAGGGCUGAAAACGGACUGGCCGUUCGAGAAUGCAAAUGCGAAAUCAUUCCAUAUUCAAAUUCGAGGCGGGAAAAGAGCUGUCAAUGUCAACCGACAAAUCCGUAUAGCAAUGGACUAGGCUAUGGCAUCGACCCGAAAAAGCCAGUUGACGGAAGAUCAAAUCCAGUGGCCAUAGACAAAAGUACUCACGAAAUUUUAAACGCGCCAAAAGGAAUGUACGCUUUGGGGCCGCUAACAGCAGAUAACUUUAUUAGAUUUAUUCCUGGAGGCGCUCUUGCAAUAGUUUCACACAUUCACCGAGAAAUGAAAACAGAGUAAUAUAUGUAUAGAUUCAAUUGUGAUUAUCUACUUAAUUUUUAUAAUAAAUUAUUUUUUAUACCCA